AUGCUUAUCAACUUAUCACUCCUCUUUCUCUUUCACUCUCUCACUCCAGAAAAGAAACAAAAAAAAAAAAAAACUCAUUUUUGAAGAAGAAUGGAUCUGUGUAGGAGCUCAUACGCUUACUCAAAGGUGGAGAAGGAGGACCCUGAAGACAUAAUCCACAGAAGGGCACAGUUUUUGAUCCACAAAGUGUUGGAGAAAGCAGAUUCACGCAGAAAGCCAUCGUGCCUCAGACUCAGAAUUUGUAAGUUGAAGGUUAAGAUUGGGAAGAGGCUAAUGAGGCUGAGGAAGAGAAUUAUAUCAGGUGUUUCCACACUCAGACUUGGCAUUCAUGGAAACUUCAUCACUCAACUCAAAACAUGGAAGAGACUCUUUGCCAGAGGAAGACAAUCACAGACCCUCAUUAAUUACCCUUCCUCCUCUCAUCAACUCAUCAUCACUACCUAAGUGUAAACAUUUUACUAGGAAACUCGUGUUUUCUGCGACACAAUCUCAUGUUUCUGUCUUUUUGUUCUUUAUGUCUUUUCUUUAGCUGAUACAAAGAUUGUGAAAUCAUAUCAGUUCUGCCUGUAGAUCAAUUUUGAGUUGUUUUGUUCCUCUUUUUCCAUCUCUCUCUUUUGGUACUUUCUUAUGCAGAGGUAGAUGAAACAACGAUUUCUGUCUCUUGUGGAAUAAGUUUCAUUAUUGCAGUCUCAAGUUAUGAAAAUGUCUUUUGGUAAAA